AUGGUCUUCUACUUCACCUGCGAGUACAAGGACCCCGGCGGCGAGCCCUACAUCGUGUACAUGGGCGCCGACAAGUACGAGAACGAGGGCCUGAUCGAGUGGGGCCAGACGCGCGACGUCUGGUUCCACGUGGAUGGACUGAGUUCGGCGCACGUCUACCUGAGACUGCCGCUCGCGGCGGCGCAGGACGCGGGCGUGCGGUGCGGCGAUUUAUUAGAUAGAAUCCCGGAUCCGGUCGUCGAGGAGAUGUGCCAGCUCGUCAAGGCGAAUUCGAUCGAGGGCUGCAAGCGCGCGUCGGUCAUGGUGGUGUGGACGCCCUGGGCGAAUUUACAUAAAGACGAGACGUGCAUGCAGGCGGGCGCCGUUGGUUUUCACGAUUCGAAAUUGCGGAGAUUAAGACGCAUCGACAAGGACAAGUCCAUCGUGAAAAAGCUCGAGAAGACGCGGCGAGAGGCGCACCCGGACUUGCAGCAGGAGCGGCUCCAGUACGAGAGGGACGCGAUCCGGUGGCGGAAGAACCGGGACAAAGCGAAUCGCGACUCGAAGAACGCGCGGGAGAAGGCCGAGCGCGACGCCGCGCGGCGCGAGAUCGAGGAGCGCCACGCGGCGCGCGACGCGUUUCUCGCGGGCGCGAACGCGCCGCCGCCGCCGCCGGACCCGUUCCUGGUCGACGCGCUCGAGGACGCGCGGCGCGACGCGCAGUUCCCCGAGAAGGCGGCGCGGCGGCGCGCGGGCGACGGCACGUCUGGUUUGGAUGCGGCCCUGUCGCAGCUGGAGGUAGAGGGCGCGGCCAGCGCGGCGGCGCCGGGCGAGGCCGAGGCCGAGGCGGCGCCGCCGGCCUGGGAGGCGGAGGCCGCCGCGCGCGAGACCAUGGGCGCGAAGAAGCGCUGGCUGCACGAGCGCGGCUACGGCGACGCGACGCCGAAGGACCACGACGGCGACGCGCGGCGCGCGCUCGCGGCCGUGCAGCUCGGCAAGCUUUCCGACGACGCGGACGACGCCGAGGCCGCGCAGGAGCGUCGCGACGAGCGCGAGGCCCUCGAGGCGAUUUUCGGCGACGAUUUAAGGCCGGCCGACGCGGCGCGGCCGGACGACGUUUGCGUGGUGGUCGCGGGCCACGAGCCGCCGGCCGGCGCGCCGCCGCUCGUGCUCGACGUUUUAGUUGCCAACGUCGCGCCGGCGUACCCGCGCACGGCGCCGGCCGUCUGCGUGUCGGGCGGCGGCCUGAGCGAGGCCGAGCUGCGCUGCGUGGGGGCGGCGCUGGCGGCGCGGUGCAAAGCGGACGAGGGGCCCGUCGUCUUCGACUUGGUGGCCGCGGCGGCCGACGAGGCCGCGGCGGCCAAGGUCAAGGCCGAGGAGGCGCAAAGGGCUGCUGCGGAGGAGCGCGCGCGGCAACAACGGGCGGCGCUGCUGGGGUCGUCGAGUUCCACCGGCGCGGGGCGGGGCGUGUCGUCGCGGGGAGACGCGAAGGCUCGCCUCGGCGCGUUCGCCGGCGGGAAGGGCGGCCGCGGUCGAGGGAGAGGUCGGGGCCGCGGCCGGGGCGCGCCGGCGGCGCCAAAGGCGGUGGACGACUUGCUCUACGGCGACUGCUCGGACGACUCUUCCGACGGCGAUGAUAUGUGGGACGUUGGGGGGGUUAAGAUGGAGCUUUAA